AUGCCGGCCAACGAGGACAUGAGCAAGACGCUGUCGCUGGCCAACAUCCGGUCGUCGCUGAUCCGCCAGGAGGACACAAUCAUCUUCCAGCUGAUCGAGCGCGCCCAGUUUGCGCGCAACACGCCGGUGUAUGUCUCCGAGGGCGUCCCAGUGCCAGGCUAUGACCGCAGCGGGCGCCGCUACUCGCUGCUGGAGUAUGUGCUGCGGGAAACUGAGCAGCUGCACGGCUCCGUGAGGCGGUACACCAGCCCAACGGAGCACCCCUUCUUCCCAGACGAGGUGCCGCCGCUGGUGCUGCCGCCCAUCAGCUACCCCAGCGUGCUGGCGCCCUGCGCCGAGCGCAUCAACCUCAACGCCCGCAUCAUGCAGGUCUACACUGACGAGAUCCUGCCCGCCAUUGCGGAGGACGGGGACGACGGCAACUACGGCAGCGCGGCGACGCUGGACGUGCUGGUGCUGCAGGCGCUGUCGUCGCGCAUCCACUACGGCAAGUUUGUGGCGGAGGCCAAGUUCAGGGCGCGCCCCGAGGCGUACACGCCGCUGAUCCGGGCGCGCGACGCGGACGGCCUCAUGGCGCUGCUCACCGACGAGCCCCAGGAGCGCCGCGUCGUGGAGCGCGUGCGCAUCAAGGCGGCCACGUUUGGGCAGGACAUUGAGAUCCCCGCGGACGUCACCACGGCCGGCGGCGGCAGCGCCGCGUGGUUCGCGCGGUCGGCUGCGGCGGCCGCGGCCAACGUGAUGGGCGGGGCGACGGCGGCGGCGGCGGCUGGCGGGGGCGCGGACGGCGACGGCAGCGGCACGGGCGCGGGCGCGGGCACGGCGCUGCUGCCGAGGUUCAAGGUCUCAUUUGACGCCCUGGCGGACAUCUACGAUCGCAUCGUGAUGCCCCUCACAAAGGACGUGCAGGUGAUGUACCUGCUGCAGCGGCUGGACGACGAGCCUAGUGCUGACGGACAGUAG